AUGGCAACCAAAACCCCUGUCCUCACCGAAAAGGCUCCCAAGCCCUUGCCCGGUAUCUACUCCCAAGCCAUCAUCGCCAACGGCGUCGUCUACUGCUCCGGCGCCGUAGCCAUGGACCCCGAGACCGGAAAGUUGGUUGAUGGAGAUAUCAAGGCUCACACUCACCAAUGCAUCAAAAACCUAACCCACGUCCUCGAAGCAGCUGGUACUUCGAUCGACAAGGUGGUCAAGGUCAAUGUGUUUUUGGAUAAUAUGGACAACUUUGCGGAUAUGAAUUCGGUGUAUACGCAGUACUGGGGCGAUGUCAAGCCUUCCCGGACUUGCGUUGCUGUCAAGACUUUGCCUCUUAACACAGAUGUUGAGAUUGAGUGCAUUGCUGUUUUAUAG